UUCCAGCCCCGUUCCCAUAAGGGGCACACACACACACACACACGCGCUCACACACGCUCGCACCCAGCCACACCAAAGCCCUCGGCGGCCGCGGCCAGGGGGCGGGGAGAACGGCGCAGGGAGCGGCGGCUGGCGGUGCGGGAAGGCGGGGACGCGGCUCCCCCCGGCCCGACCUCGGACCAUGUACCAGGACUACCCCGGCAACUUCGACACCUCCUCCAGAGGCAGCAGCGGCUCUCCGGGACACCCCGAGACCUACUCCGGCGGCGCAGCCCAGCAGAAAUUUCGAGUAGAUAUGCCAGGAUCAGGCAGUGCUUUCAUCCCCACGAUCAACGCCAUCACGACCAGCCAAGACCUGCAGUGGAUGGUGCAGCCCACCGUCAUCACCUCCAUGUCCAGCCCCUACUCCCGCUCGCACCCCUACAGCCACCCGCUGCCCCCGCUGUCCUCGGUGGCCGGACACACGGCCCUUCAGCGGCCAGGCGUGAUUAAAACCAUCGGGACCACCGUGGGACGGAGACGAAGAGAUGAGCAGCUGUCGCCUGAGGAAGAAGAGAAGCGAAGGAUCCGGAGAGAGAGGAACAAGCUGGCAGCUGCUAAGUGUCGUAACAGGCGUCGAGAGCUAACAGAGAAACUCCAGGCGGAAACUGAGGUGCUGGAGGAGGAGAAGUCAGUGCUGCAAAAAGAGAUCGCUGAGCUCCAGAAGGAGAAGGAGAAACUGGAGUUCAUGCUGGUGGCUCACAGCCCUGUGUGCAAAAUCAGCCCUGAGGAGCGCCGGAGCCCACCAUCCAGCAGCCUCCAGAGCGUUCGGACUGGAGCGAGCGGAGCGGUGGUGGUGAAGCAGGAGCCUGUGGAGGAAGAGAUCCCGUCUUCCUCUUUGGUCCUUGACAAAGCCCAGAGGUCUGUCAUUAAGCCCAUCAGCAUUGCUGGAGGUUUUUAUGGGGAGGAGGCACUCAACACUCCCAUCGUGGUGACCUCGACACCAGCCAUCACUCCUGGCUCCUCCAACUUGGUGUUCACCUACCCCAACGUCUUGGAUCAGGAGUCUCCUCUCUCCCCGUCUGAGUCCUGCUCCAAAGCUCACCGGAGGAGCAGCAGCAGUGGUGACCAGUCCUCGGAUUCCUUGAACUCUCCCACCUUGCUGGCAUUGUAAUCCCCCCGUGGCCCCCCAUUGCCAGUGUGUUACACCCCCCACCCAGCUCCGUGGGGGGAGCCCCUCUCCAUGGGAUUAGAGACAGGCACAGGAUCGUUCAAGCACAAGGGCAGCAAGAACAAGGAUGGGGAAGUGCUGCAGCUCCAGGAAGGAGAGUGAGGACCAACGUCAGCUCCCUGGAGGCAGGAAACGGCAAGGGUGGGACUGACGCACUGGGACUGUUUGGAGAGGGCAACGUCCCCUCUGUAGGGACUGCCUAUGGAAACCUCUUCUCAGCCGUAAUGGACUUGAGGAACACUCCUGGCCAGGACGGAAGGCGAGCUGCAGACAGUUGCUAGUCGUCCCUUUCCUUUGUGAAUUGAUCUGAUCGGUUAUGCUCUGUGCUUAGAUCAUUCUGGUUAGUUGACCUUACAAGUUCUUCUUUCCCUCUCUCUCUCUCUGCUUAUCAUUUCCAAUGUUGUCGAUCCCAUGACAUUUCAUCCAGUUGCUUUGAAGUCUAAAGGCUUGUUAGGAUCUUUCCUCUUGGGGACAGGCUGUGGGAAACUUUGCCUGGGCGGGAGGGGAUGGCCAGGAGCUGGUGGGGGGACCAAGAGGAGCCCAAGGGCUCAGCGGCAAGGGCAGAGCUCGUAACUGUGCCCUGUGGCACAGACACAGUGAACAGAGCAGGAGCUCAUGUGGAAGCCUUUUUUUCCUUAAAAAGUAAAUACAUCUGUCCCCUUGGGCUCCUCAAAAACCAAGUCAGCAUCUCAGGGCCAAAGUAGCAUCAGAAAAGCUGCUGGGUUGGCACUUACCAGUGUCUUUGGCAGGGUUUUAACCCCAACUUGGUAGAUACCAAAUCUGCUGCUGGACUCAUUGUUUACUUUUCCUGGGCUGCCUGCUCUCUAGAGAGCACUGCGUCUCUUUCCCCAUCAGGUUUCCUGACUCAGAUGCUAACCUCUUUCUGUUAGUAAAAUCCUCCCCUCCCGUUGGCCAUGUUUGCAGACCAUACUACCAAAAAGUGGCACCGUGUGCUAUAAAUCCAGGAGACUGGCAGUGGAUAAGGAGGUGAAACCACCUGGUUGUGCCAUCGCUGAGUUUUCCCUUGUUGGGAAACAAGGCAGCGCAGAUCCACACAGUUGGUACCAGCAGGUGGUGUUUGCUCAGAGCUCCUCAGUUUCUGAAGCUGGGGGAAGGCAGGGAUCCAGCCUCCAGCAUGGGCCUCAAGGAGCUCCUGACCAGGCAGCAGUGGCAUAGGUGAUCUGAUGGCCUGCUCAAAUGAAACCAGAGCUUCUGAUAACAUCUGGUGUGACUGACAAAUUGACACUGGAGGAAAAUCAAUUACCAUUAUUUGCAUCUCGGUCAUUGGCCUCUUUUUAUGUUUUGCAAUCUAAUUGAUCUGGUUUUGUUGGGGUUGACUGGCCUGAAGAUCCGAAGCCAAUCAGGGGGCUCUUCCUUCAGCCUUGGGUCCUUGUCUUCUCCAGCCACCUCUGGGCUUAGCGCUAACGUUUGCUACUGAGAGCAGUCCCGUGUGUAACCUAUUCCUGCUUGGAGCCAAGCUCAGGCCCUGGCGAUGUCAAGGCACUGAUCAACCAUGACCUUGUGCACACGAGGACUGCUCAGCUUGCCAGCUAAGCUGCUUACGGGAUAGCUCUUUAGUCCAGUCUGAAGCUGUGGUGGCAGCUAUUUAUUCUGAUGUGAGCUUUUCUUGUUUUCUUUCUUUUUUUUUUUUGUUUUUAAUUGACUGAAACUUGGGUAUUUCUUGGUCAGGCUGGACCUGGAGAAAUGCAAUAUGCAAUGACAGGGCCGGUGCUGUGAGAUGCUAAACUGCUGCAGUCCCUGCCAACUCCACUGGGAACUAAUAGGGCUCGGUCUUGUGGAGCCAGACCUUUGCUCAGCAGGGCUGGAUUCCCUCAGACCCUGGUCAAUGCCUAUUCCUUGAGUCAUUUCAAAGUGACACUACUUUGGCUGUAAAGGUAGACUUUAUUUCUUUUCUUUUUUUUCCCCCCCGAUUAUUAUUAAUUUUAAACCUUUUUUUUUUUUUUUUCCAGAGCUGCCAGAAAUAGAAAGAUAUGAGCGAUCUUUUUCCUUUGUAAAACUGAUUCAGUAAUUCAGACUUACUUUAUUGCUUAAACAUUUCCAGCUUUAUACCAGUGCUAGAGGUUUCAAAUUGAGCUUAAUGAGUAAAAUUGAUACAGGAGUCUGUUUGUCCUUACAUGAUAAUCAAAACUUUUUAUUUUUUUUAAUAAAGUAGACAUUAAAUUUUCAGUAGUUAGCACAGAGGAUCCAGUUCUCAUAGGGUUUUAUGUAGACGAUGUCACUUUAGGUGAAACCACUGUUUCUCUAAUUGUCUCCAUUCUGCCAGGUGCUUGUUUGGGCCAGUCUGCAUUGAGAAUCUAAGGCUGCUCAAUAAAAUGUCCCUACAUGUCAUUUCUACCCACUGUGGGCAGAAUGCAGCACUGACAAAUGGUGAAUCCUAAAGUGAUACAGAUGCUUUUGAGGCCAGUUGACCAGGAUCGCUGGCAGGUCAGUAGCAUUCGUGCUAGGGGCUUUAGGAAAUCAGCUGCCUCCUCAGAGCUAGGUAAGCCCAGCUCCUAGGGGGACAAUGAAAACAUCUAAAAUACUGUUAAUCCUUCUUAACAAAUAUCUUUUAAUAUAUUGCUUGUCCCCUUUUUGCUCGCAGUUCAGGUAUGUUGACCAUCUUGUUGGCUGCAUAUCAGUCUGCUGGGCAAACAGGCACUUCUAGAGGUAGGAUGGAAAGUUUCUUGGAAAAGAAAAGGUUUAUCUAGCUCUGACAAGUAGGCAGGUGGCAUAAUCCAAUUGCAUUUCUGAAAAAAUAAAAAUAAAAAAAUCCUUAGGCGUGGCCUUCCCUGCACGCAAACCCCGUAUCUGCCAGCCUCCAAACGCCAUCCCAGCAGAGAUGUUUGUUUUCACAUUUGGCCCAGUCCUCUGUGAUAGCCCCAGAUCGGUCUCUACAAGUUACUUUAGCUUUUUUUUUUUUUUUUUUUUUUUCUCCCCCCAGAGAAAGUUAUCAUCCUAGACAGGAAGGUUUUAAAUAAAGGGCCUUGCCACUCACCCAUACCCUCUCCUCACCCCUAUGGGAAAGGCACACAUCCCAAGGAAGGCUGUAAUUCCUACCUUUGCUUCUGCUCACUGAGUUGCUGCCAAAAGGAGCUGCAGCUGGCCCUUGCCCACUGCCUGUUGACUUAUCAUCGACCUUCUCAGAGGUAGGACAGGAGCAUCCCCUUUCCUGUCCUGUGAGACUGAUGGGAGCGAUUUCAAACUGCCAAGAAAAGGGAAUCACUUUGCUAUCUGAAAGAGCCCUGAACACCUUGUGCCUGCCCAUUUUCUCCCUCAAGCCUCUUUGAGGAUGUCUGUGUUAGGACCGCUGGUCUCCUGCCUUCUGUAUUUUGUGGAUCAGCCUUAACUUUGUGUAGUUGUUGGCAGACAGGUACAGCUUGAAGUCUCCUGCUGUUUUGGUCUGGCUCUGCAUACUUCUUUUCAGGUUUGCUGGUGUGCUUUUGGGAAUCUUCCCCGCCCCUGAAAUGGUAUUUUCCUUGAGUACCUUACCUGAUGAUUCCUGAAUGUACAGGAAUUCCUAAAUGUGCCUCCACAUUCUUCUGCAUGCUCUGGGGAUGCGGGAGCUGUUAUAACCAGCAUCUGACCUAAAGUUGUUGAAGUCAAUAGCAAAAGGCCCAGGGAAUUUCAGCUGGUGUUAGGCUGACCCCCUAGUGACUGGCCCAGUGAAGCAUCUAAUAACACCUGAAGUUAAUCAAUGCCCAGCUGGGAGGAGCAGUAGCAGCCGCAUUGAAGGAAACAUUGAGCUUCUAGGUGAUGUUUGCCAUUCCAGUUUUGCCCUCGUUGUUCCUUCCCCCUCCCUGGUUGUGGCAUUGCUUUCAUCUAUUCCUUUCUUGUAGGUGUGGAGACUGGGUAAGUCUCAAACUGCUUGUGGUGUGACGGGAUUUGGGACCAACCUGCUGGGGACAGUAGCUCUCUGUUGUGUUUUUAUAAUUAUUAUUUAAAUGAUCUAUUUAGUUCAUCUGAACCUUUAAUUUUGCUGCUUACUGUAUGUAGGAUCCACCUGGCCUUCCUCCUAAAUGAAAAACAAAAACAAAAACAAACCUAAGACACCCCCCCUCCCUGGUAUCUUAUUAUUUAUUGGCAGGCAGCCAUUUUGUGCCUGCUCCAGCAGAUCUGCCCGCCAUUAAUUUAACAUCCUCCCAACUCACAUUCCUGGCGUUUGGUUGUUGCUUUUUAGCUUUUUGUUGAUGAUUUUUUUUUCUCAUUCUAAAACAGACUUCUGAAAUGUAAGAAACCUUAUUAUUUUGACACUUAAGAGUUCAUUUUCAUUAGGAAGGCCAAGUCAAACAUUUUAAGAGGUGGGGGGAACAAUCUACUUUUAUUUCUUAUUUAUUUAUCAUGUUUACAUCUUUUUUUUUUUUCUGUUAAAGACUUGGAUAUAAUAAAGAAAGCAUUAAAAGUACUCCCAUCUUCUUCUUUUUUUAGGAUAAUAUUUUUUUUUCCAGUUCUUUAAAUAAAAGAUUCUGGGUUUUGUUGUCUGUAUAAAAUGUAAAAAGAGAUAUGUUUCUAAAGAUGCAUUAUCAUUCCUCUGUGAACAGUAGGUGGAGUUGAGGACAAAUCUCAGAAUACAAGAUAAUAAUAAAAUCCCAUCCUGUUUUACUUAAUUGUUCCCCUUCUAUCCUGUAUGAUUAAAGGGUUAUUCCACUUUCUUGUUUGUGGUUACUUGAUAUUAAAACCAUAUUAAAAUGUGUAGAAAAUAGGUAUCCAAUUGUUUUUGCUCAGUGAGAGGAUAAAAUGUUGUAUAUAUCUUGAUAUACUGUGUAGUUCAAAGUAACAUCAAUAAGGGAUAGUGCAUCUUUAUUAGAGCGAUAAGUUACUAGUGUCACUAAAGUCUACUUUAAGAUCCUCAGAUAUAGAAAGGGCCUGAUUCUGAUUCCACUUUCCUGUGGAAAUUGAAAGCAUCAGUAGCAUUUCGCUGCUGCGAAGUGAGUGUCAGAGGUGGAAUCAAGCCUCAGCGAUUAGUAUCUGACCAUGAGGAUAAUUGAAGGUUUGGGGGCACCAUUAUCUUUUUUUCCUCAAAAGUUUUAGCUCAUGGUUUUUCUUUUUUUUGUCUGCAGUGAAAUAGUUUCUGCCAAGGAGGUUCUUAAAGGUGACUGCUGAACUGGGACCCUUCUUUGCUCGUUGUGAUCUUGGUAUCGUUCUUGCAGUCCUGGAGAAUCUCAGCUCUGAGGUGUUCUCUCUGGUGUUGUCUCUUCUCUGUUCUUGUUAUUUUACUGUAAUACAGGCCUACAGUAUUUGCACUAAAACAAAAAGCUUGUUAGAGAAAGCUUGCUGCUAUGAAAGAAAGAACAUAUUAAAAUGGUUUUGCUUUUACAAUUUUAACUGAGUAGCAUUUUGUAGAAUAAAAUCAAUUUAGAUUGAAAAGAAAAAUGACUUUUCUUUUUUCCUCUGCACUCCCUCCCCCAUACUCCUUUCUUUCUUUCCCGUCCCUAGGUGGUGUGAUGGUUUCCCCCCCUCCCCUUCUCCUUUGGUGCUCAGUUGUAAUGAUUGGCUGUAUUGUUGACUAUGCUGCUGAGAGUUAUGACACUUGUAAAUCUUGUUUUAAUGACGUUGUGGACACUCUUUUGUAUAGCAAGAGCUAACUGGAGUUCUUCUCUCUCUGUUAAUUGAAGUCAUUAAAAAGCUCCCUUUGCCAUGAACAAUUAAAA